AACACCUUCUACUCCAACAUUGACUCCAUGCCCGACAUCCGGCCCAGAAGAAAGUCCAUUCCUCUCGUCAGCGAACUCGUGCUCAAGACGAUGGCAGCUACGAAACGAGCCGGUCUCACACCGGCCGUGACCAGGCCGUCCUUGAAUGAUGAAGAACUCAAGAUGCACGUCUACAAGAAAUCUCUUCAGGCACUCAUAUAUCCGAUCAGUAGCACCACUCCCCACAACUUCCAAUCGUGGACCGCAACGUCUCCCACUUAUUGCUAUGAAUGCGAAGGACUGUUAUGGGGGAUCACGAACCAAGGACUUCGAUGCACAGAAUGCGGUGUAAAAUGUCACGAGAAAUGUAAAGAUCUGCUUAACGCCGAUUGUCUCCAACGGGCAGCUGAAAAAUCCUCAAAGCACGGAGCCGAAGACAAGGCUAAUUCAAUAAUCACGGCGAUGAAAGAACGCAUGAAAAUUCGCGAACGCGACAAGCCCGAGAUAUUUGAGCUGAUCAGGUGCGUUUUCAGCGUGGAUAUCAAAAGUCAUGCUGGACACCUGAAGGCUGUUAGGCAGUCUGUUCUCGACGGCACGAGCAAGUGGUCUGCGAAGAUCGCAAUCACCGUUAUAUGUGCGCAGGGUCUGAUUGCCAAAGAUAAAAGUGGCACAAGUGACCCCUACGUGACAGUCCAGGUUGGGAAGACAAAAAAGCGUACACGCACUAUGGCCAGGGAUUUGAAUCCGGAGUGGAAUGAAAAAUUCUAUUUUGAGUGCCACAACUCUUCCGAUCGCAUCAAGGUGCGAGUUUGGGACGAAGACAACGACUUAAAGUCAAAGCUACGGCAAAAGCUGACUCGGGAAUCGGACGAUUUUCUUGGUCAGACCAUAAUCGAAGUGAGAACUCUCUCGGGUGAAAUGGACGUGUGGUACAAUUUGGAGAAACGCACGGACAAAAGCGCCGUUUCGGGCGCAAUCCGACUCCACAUCAGCGUUGAAAUCAAGGGAGAAGAAAAAGUAGCCCCGUACCACGUCCAGUACACGUGCCUUCAUGAGAACUUGUUCCAUUACCUCUGUGAACAAAACUCUGGAGCGGUAAAGCUACCAGACGCCCGAGGAGACGAAGGCUGGAAGAUCUACUUCGAAGAAAACGCCGAAGAAAUCGUCGAUGAAUUCGCCAUGAGAUAUGGCAUUGAGUCGAUCUAUCAAGCGAUGACUCAUUUUCACUGCCUGUCGACCAAGUACAUGUGCCAGGGCGUGCCUGCAGUGAUGAGCACCCUCCUCGCCAACAUCAAUGCUUACUACGCUCAUACUGCGGCUUCAUCCGCGGUAUCUGCCAGCGACCGGUUUGCCGCGUCCAACUUUGGUAAAGAGAAAUUCGUCAAACUGCUUGACCAUCUGCACAACUCACUUCGAAUUGAUCUGUCGAUGUACAGAAACAACUUCCCUGCGUCCAGCGCGGAAAAACUGCAGGACCUUAAGUCAACUGUGGAUCUGCUCACAUCAAUCACGUUCUUCCGCAUGAAGGUCCAAGAGCUCUCAAGCCCGCCGAGGGCGAGCACUGUGGUGAAAGAAUGCGCCUCCGCGUGUCUCCGAUCCACUUACCAAUUUUUGUUCGACAACUGCUACGACCUAUACAACCGAGAAUUCCAGGUGGGUCCUGGAGAAGAGAAAAACAAAGACGAACAGGGUCCGAGUUUGACGGAUCUUGAUUUUUGGCACAAACUCAUUGCGCUGCAGGUCUCUGUAAUUGAAGAAGACCGUACCAGUUAUGCACCGGUUCUAAGUCAGUUCCCACAAGAGCUCAAUAUCGGCCAACUCAGUGCUUCAAUAAUGUGGAGCAUGUUUGCAAUCGAUAUGAAAGACGCCCUCGAGGAUCACGAACAACAUCGUCUGUGCAAAUCGUCGGCGUACAUGAACCUGCACUUCAAGGUUAAAUGGUUCUACAACAACUACGUGAGCGACAUCGUACCCUACAAGGACUCCGUUCCCGAAUAUCCGUCUUGGUUCGAGCCAUUCGUAAUGCAGUGGCUAAAUGAAAAUGAUGACGUAUCUCUAGAGUAUCUGCACAGUGCUUUCCUCAGGGACAAAAAGGACGGGUUCCAGCAAAGUUCAGAACACACCAUGUUCUCGAACUCCGUCGUGGACGUAUUCACGCAAUUGACUCAAUGUUUUGACGUCAUCUCGAAGCUCGAAUGUCCCGAUCCAGAAAUCGUGAAAAGAUACAUGAAACGUUUUGCCAAAACCAUAGUAAAAGUACUCACUGCGUAUGCGGACAUCGUCAAGAAAGACUUCCCCAACUACGUUUCUCAGGAGAAGACAGCCUGCAUCCUGAUGAACAACAUCCAGCAGCUCCGAGUUCAGCUGGAGAAACUAUUCGAAUCCAUGGGAGGCGAGAAACUCGAAUCCGACGCUUCCAACAUUCUCAAAGAACUCCAGCAAAGCCUCAAUGGGGUCCUUGACGAUCUGAGCUGCGUCUUCGCGACGAGCUUGGAGAAUACCAUCAAACAAUCCAUGAGUGAACUCAAUCAACUCCUGUGCGCCAUAAAAGGUGGAGGCAGCGUGGCGCAAACGGCGCAGCAGAGGAACGAGGUAGCGGCAGAGGCCGACCACGUUCUUCACCCGCUCAUGGAUAUCUUGGACGGGAAACUGACGCUGUUUGCGCAGCUGUGCGAAAGAACCGUUCUCAAGCGCCUGCUCAAGGAGCUGUGGAAAAUUGUCGUGCACACCAUGGAGAAGACCGUGGUGCUACCGCCUAUUUCGGAGAAGAGCGUGCUUCCUAAUCUGACAAACGUGAACGCUGCAAAAAUCGAGGACAUGUCACGACUCUUCAAGAACUCGAUAUCCACUUCCAACAAACUGCCGAACCUCGGCGUUAUGGAAGUGGAAAAGAAUCUGACGCCGCGUCAAUGCGCGGUGCUGGAUGUUGCCCUGGACACAAUAAAACAGUAUUUCCAUGCCGGGGGAAACGGUUUGAAAAAGACCUUUUUGGACAAGUCUCCCGAGCUGCAAUCUUUACGUUAUGCGUUGUCGUUGUACACGCAGACCACAGAUGCCCUAGUCAAGACCUUCGUGGGCUCGCAGCUCAAACAAGACCAGCCAAGCACGGAGGAAGGUUCCGUGGGAGAAGUGUCGGUACAAGUUGAUCUGUUCACCCACCCUGGGACGGGCGAACACAAGAUUACCGUUAAAGUUGUUGCUGCAAACGACCUGAAGUGGCCGAACACAUCGAUGUUCCGACCAUUUGUUGAAGUUAAUCUGAUCGGCCCUCGUCUGCACGAUAAGAAGCGCAAAUUCGCCACCAAAUCGAAAAACAAUGCGUGGUCACCGAAGUAUAAUGAGACGUUCCACUUCAUUAUCGCCAACGAUGAACAGCCAGCCUCGUACGAGCUGCAUAUUUGCGUGAAGGAUUACUGUUUCGCCAGAGACGAUCGUCUCGUCGGCGUCGCCGUCAUGCAGCUCAAAGACAUAGUCGAACAAGGUUCGUGUGCGUGCUGGCUGCCUCUCGGUCGCCGAAUCCACAUGGACGAGACGGGCUGGACAAUACUGCGCAUACUAUCUCAACGAAAUAAUGACGAAGUGGCCAAAGAAUUCGUUAAGCUAAAGUCUGAGAUUCGGAAUGAUGAGACGAUCCCGAAGUCGUAA